CCCAACCGGUCGGACAGGUAGGGAGGCUUGUUGACACCGUUAUGUUUGCAGCACGCAUGCUCCCUCCCAAGUUUCCUGGAGGUGCCUUGCCCGGAGACGCCGUCGGGAAUUGCGGGGAGGGGGUUUCCUGGCCUCCAAGGGACUGGUUGGAGUGGUUGGACUGGGAAUAGAAGAGGCAGGGAUCAGGCCCCUCUCCUCCUGCUGCUCAGCAUGCCCAGAGCCUUCCUGGUCAAGAGGAGGAACCCCCUGCCUGCCUCUCGCAGUUGGGACGCGCUGCCGGACGAAGAGAGGGCCGACACCUAUGUGCCAGGGGAUAUAAGGUGUGUGCUCCUGAAUUAUCGUAGUGAAGACAGCUGCAGCUUAGAGAGCACAAGCAGCAGGGAUACAGAGACUGCAAAUAACUCAGCUGAGUCUACAACAGAAGACACACUUUUGGCUUUGGCAGAGAAUCGCCCUACAGUGAGAUCCAAAAUAAAGUUCACCACCGGCAUUUGUGGUGAUGCCUUGAUGCACAAUUGUGAAUUAUGUGGCAAAGGAUUUCGCCUGCAGCGCAUGCUCAACCGCCACAUAAAGUGUCAUAGCCAAGUGAAGAGACACUUGUGCACCUUCUGUGGGAAAGGAUUCAAUGACACUUUUGAUCUGAAAAGACACGUAAGGACACACACAGGAAUUCGUCCAUACAAAUGCGAGGUCUGCAACAAAGCCUUUACCCAGCGUUGUUCUUUGGAAUCGCACCUUAAAAAGAUCCAUGCAGUGCAACAACAAUAUUCUUAUAAGCAACGGAGAGAUAAACUGUAUGUUUGCGAAGAUUGUGGUUAUACAGGUCCAACCCAAGAAGACUUGUAUAUGCACAUCGGUAAUAUACAUCCUGGAAGUACUUUACUGAAGAAAACUUCCAAGAAAAUGACAGCUGUUUUGCAAAACAAACUGACCUCAUCAGUGGAGACAAGCCCAAUUCAGAAUGAGGGGGAGUAGUAAAGAUGUAAUAGACUACAGUGGCAAAAGGCAAUGAGGUUUACAUGUGUACAGAUGAAGGCUGGCAGGCCUCGCAGCCUAACUAGUCUUCUUAAAAUCCUCUAGAGAAGUGCAUCUCAAACUAUUUGAUGUGGGGGACUGGCAGUUUCCUCCCUGCAAU